UCAAACUUUUGUCAUCGUUAAGUCGUCUCGUCUUUUAUUUCACUUUUCAUUUCAUUUGACCAAAAACACUUUUGAAACUUUUGGUUUAUUUAAAAUAAAAGAACUGAAAAACGUGGGUGUGAAUGUUAAAAUAGUUUCCGCAACCAGUGAAUAAUAUAGAAAUGGCCCGGGACUACGAUCAUUUAUUCAAAUUGCUAAUCAUAGGCGACAGUGGUGUUGGAAAAAGCUCUCUACUCCUGCGGUUUGCAGAUAAUACAUUCACUGGAAGUUACAUAACGACUAUAGGAGUGGAUUUCAAAAUAAAAACUGUCACUAUUGAUGGGCAAAAAGUUAAAUUGCAAAUUUGGGACACUGCUGGCCAAGAAAGGUUUAGAACUAUUACCAGCACGUAUUAUCGGGGCACACAUGGGGUAGUAAUAGUUUACGAUGUAACAAAUGGGGAAACAUUUGCGAAUGUUAAAAGAUGGUUACACGAAAUUGAUCAGAAUUGUGAAGUAGUUAAUAGGGUCUUAGUGGGAAAUAAAAAUGAUACACCAGAUAGAAAAGUAGUGUUAACAGAAGAUGCUCAAAGAUUUGCGGACACAAUGAAUAUUAAAUUAUUUGAAACAUCAGCAAAAGACAAUAUUAAUGUAGAAGACAUGUUUAUGUCAAUAACUAGGUUGGUGUUAAGGUCAAAAUUAGAAAUGAGAGAGCGACAAAACGACCAAAAAGAUGUAGUAAAUUUAAGAGAAAAGAAAAAAUCAUCGAAGAAAAGCAAGUGCUGUUAGCAGAGGUAUGUGAGGAUAUGUGUGAACAGUUGAACGUGUGUUUAGUGUAGUAGAAUUAUAAAUUAAACCCUAAACGUAGACGAAAGUCGCUUCCGUGCGCUAUUUUUGCUAAGCCAAAAGUAUGUGAUAUAUUUUUUAAAGAGAAGUUUCCUUUUGUCAAAAUUCAAUCCUAUACUAUCUGAUAUAAUAAGAGGCUUAGUUUUUAGGUAAGUGAACUCGGAAUUAAAUAAAUUUAUAAUAUUGUUUAUUAGGUUUUUAUAUUUCAUAUUUGUGUAAUACUGAGACAAAUUCACCCAAUAGGUACAGGUUUUUUCUUUGAAUAUUUUGCACCCUACCUGAAGGCUUAAUAUGUUCAAUCAAUUAUUAUUAUCCAAGCAUUUUUAAAAUGGUUUUCCAUAUUAACUGCACUUAUUAAGGCAGAGGUUAGAGUGUGAAAUAUUUUUUUAGUGAACUGUACUCUGAUUACUUAUUUGAUAUUAGGUAAAAUCGUCUAGUAUGUGUAAAGUUUGUUUUUUAACUGGUUAAUAGAGAAGAAAUCUGUAAAUAACCAACCAAAAAUGAUAAUUGAUGUAAAUAUAUUACCAAUAUAUGUUAUUUAGUUAAAUUUAGAUAUUUUUUUUUUUAAUUAGUGAUAAAGUUUUAUGAUAUUCGCAACAGUACAGUAGAACCUAGACAGACAUUACUUCUCGUUAUUGGAAUUCAUAUACCUACAUAUUAAUUUGUUUUGUAGUAUAUUUUCACAAAAUUUAUUGUAGUUGCCUGAAAUUCUCGAAUUUCAAAACAAAUUUGGAACAAACUGAUUUUGGCAUGAUUGUUUAAUAGGGGGGAAUGAUAUAUUUUUUCAAUAAUUUUUUAAGGGUUAUACAAAAAUCACUACUAAUUAUUAUACCUUUAAUGGUUAGGAGGUUUUGGUUUGGGGGUGUUUAGGCAUAUAAAAAUUACUCCCUUUUUAUUUAGGCUAAAAUCACUUGCCAAAAAUUUGUUUGUGGUGUCAGCAGAAAAAUAUAAUAUGCAGUUUUGCAGAGAGAACUUGUACUAUCUUAUCGCACCAUCUCAAUUUUUCAUGUUGCUACUAAAUUUGUCAUUACUAGUAUUUUAAAUCCUUAUGUCUCGGAUACCCUGCAAAAACUGUGCAAACAGGUAUAAGUAGUGAAUAUUUGGAUAACAAUACAAUACAUAUCAAUACUACAACGAAUACAUCUGAAUCUUUGAUAUGUGAGAUAAUAUUUUAAAUAAUUUGCUUUAAUAUAUAUUUUUAUUUAAUGAUUUAUAGUCAUAUCACAGGAUUCCGCCAUUGCCCAGUUAUAGUACAGUAUAAUAUUUUAAAUAAAAGGUACACUAAGUUAAAUUUAAUAGUGGCACCAAAAAGCAAUUCUAAUCGUAGUGGUCUAUAUCACGCUGAAUAAUAAAUGAAAAUUUCAUAUUUCAGUGGUAUACUAUUUCUGUCACUAUCAGUUUGGCCAUGGUUCAAUACAAAUAGUUCUGAGACAUUAUUGUAUAAGUAGGCCGUCUAAAGUUUAUCAAUUCUAACAGGUCACCACAGUCCACAAAGUUAUUUAGAAUCUGUUGCAAACAAGAUAGCAAAAUUGUUAUACAUCCUGCUAAACACCUGUUGCAAUGCUCAUAAAUUUAUUUUGAACACUUUUCAAUUUUUUAAUUUCGACUUUGUAAAAGGACGACUCGACUGAACAACAAAAACACUAUUAGUCCAUAAUACAGUAUCCAAACUGCAUAUUUGCUUGAGAAAGUGAUUGAUUUCAUGUAGAUAUGCAACCAAUUUUGGGCAAUUGUGUGCAUAUCUUAAAUUCUAGUUGCUUCUCAUAGAGAAGCAUUCACUUCAAUUAGACUAAGGUCCUUGAAAAUUAUUGAUGUUUUUUUAAAAAAAAAUGAAUUCUGAUAGACUGGAUGAUCGAGGCUCUACUGUAUUUAAAACAAUAAAAUUUUAUACUAAUAAAUGUAUGUAUACCUUAUACUGUUUGUUAAAAUUAACAGUUUUUUCCUUUGUUUCAAUACAAAUUUUAUAUUUUUAGAGUCUAAUGUCAAGUUUUAUAUCUUUAUUGCCGAAAAAAGUUCUUAUUUCUAGAUCUUGGAUGCUUGCCUUUUAGUGUCCUUAUGUUUUUUUUUUUGUUUCCAAAAAUCAAAAAUAAAGCAGCAAGUACUUGUAUGCUUGUUGCUUGUGUCCAAGAAAUAUAAAUAAGACUAUACCAAAAAUGUAUUUAGUGAAUGUAGAAUGAAACUGAAUUGGUAGCUGGUUCUACUAUGUGUAUUUGACAUUUUCAGUCUAUUUUUAAUAUUCUUUCUUGUGAAAAAAUAAAGAGCAUAUCAAUGUAGAGAGUUAUCCUUAUUUAUCUGGCAAAAUGACAAUUAUUCUUUUAGUCUCCUCUAUUUCUAAAGGUGCAUUUAUUUAUACAAUUUUAUAUUAAUUUUGAAUGUAUAUAAUUAUAAACUUAUUAUAACUAAUUUGUAUGCAGUUGUUUCUUUAUUGAAAUAAAUUGUAUGUUUGUUGUGAA